AUGGUCGAGUCGGCGCCGGAAGGACCCGCUACUUGGCUUCAUGCUACAGACCACCAGCUUCCCGCCAAACCAAGUUUUGAUGAGGCUGCCUAUUUGAUUCGUCGUUAUAUAAUGGCAACCAAUUGUGUGCUUGAUCUCUUUGACGAGAGCGACCUCCUGGACAAUCUUGCAAGUUGGCUUGACAGCGAGUCAGCCCCCACAUCUAUUCUGAGUGCAAUAUACUACCUGGUGUUCGCUAUUGGGGCGCAGACAUGUCCAGAGGAUAAAGACGCACUGGCCAGCGCCUACUUUGAUUAUGGUCGGUAUCUUACGGCAUCAUACUUUAUGGAGGACCCCAGUAUUCCAACUGUGCAAGCAUACGCCAUGAUUACCAUGUACUUGCUUGGAGCAUCUCGAAGAAAUGCUGCUUUCAUGUAUCUCGGGACAGCUGUUCGUGCUGCUUAUGCUCUCGGGUUACACCGAUCUGACAUCGCUGGGCUUUUCACUCCCGCAGAGAUCCAAACUCGGGAGAGGCUCUGGAAGGUCAUGCGCAUCCUAGACCUCUUUAUGAGUGCCUCGUUGGGAAGGCCUCCGUCAACCGAAGAAACACGAAAUACCGAGCUAGACGAAAAUUACUCCGCCUCAGUAGACCUAUGCGCCAUCUUCGAAAAGAUCUUGACCGAUAUUUACGCAAAGCGAAUGAUCUCCACCGAGACUCUCCAGAAAAUCAGCCAACACCAUCGUCGAUGGACAGUUCGCUUUCACGGUGGUCUUGAUACAGACCGGGUAAAAGACGAGGAAUUUCUCGAGGGCCGUCUGCCUAAUGUUGGCCUAAUACACGUCAAGGAGGCGUACUACUGGACGAUCAUACUCCUUACACGGCCAUUCUUCGUGGAUUAUAUUUCCAGUCACAUUGCACUAAAGGCACAGAACCGGGGUGAUGGAGCGAGAAGUCCUGAUCCUCUCAAAUCUUCUCACCGAGUCUUGGUUCAUGCAUGCGUCAACUCUGCAAUGAGCACAGUGAACCUGCUUAGAAAAUUGCUUGGAUUUGAGGGGAUACCGAAGAGACUUCCUUUUGUCGUCAAUUCCCUCUUUGUCUCGGGUCUCAUACUAGGGCUAUCUUACUUCGGUGACUUAUACAAGACAUAUUCUCUAGAUGACAGUCUUGGUACCGCACUGAAACUCCUUGCGCUCUUUCCCCAUGAUGCCGUCGCAAAGAGGAAUUUGGCGAUUCUUCAAUCGCUACUAGAUGCCUGCAAUACUUAUGUCAGGCGGGAAGCAAAGGAGAACAUGGCAAUACAUUCUCAACUGGUGAGUGGUAUGUUUGGGCAAAUUCACGGGGAGGAUGACAUGGAAGAUUCGGUUACGACAAAUACUCCGCAGGAAGGUCCAUCGCAUCUCGACAGUGUCGCAGACCUCCUCAGGCGACCAGAUGAGUUCAACUAUAUUGGGUCACACAGCGCCAUGGAUCAGGGACCGACUGGUGUAUCCACCAGUGGCAACAGCGAAACCAUUGGAUUAAAUACGCUAGAUCGUGCAGAAACCAACAUGCUCAAUCUAGAUUCGAUAGUUGGUCUUCCGGCAUUCCAGGACGACUUCUCCAUGCUACCAGGCUCCAUGCUACCAGCCAUGUCUCCGAGGACGUUAUGGUUCGGCUCCUACGAAGAAAAUGUGCCGCUGUUCUCGACGAUCGACGCCCGAAAUUUUCUGGAAUAG